AUGGGAAACAAAAAUAGCUCGAUUUAUAUCAAUUUGAAAAACACUAGUUUUUUCGCUGGAGAAGUCAUUUCUGGAGAAGUGUGCUUAUCAUUAAUACAGAAUGUAAAAUGCGACACUUUAGUUUUGGAAUUUUUAGGAUUUGAAGAGACAUUUUGAGAAGAAUUUUCAGAUAAAGAAGAAAGUAAAGUGGCCAUAAGAAAGGGAUAUGAAGUUAUUUGUCAUAAUUCAAUAGUCUUAUAUCAGUGCCAUAAUAGGAAGAUGAACUAUGGAAAGUAUUCUUUUCCUUUUGUUAUUAUGCCACCUGUUAAUCUCCCAGGAAGCUUUAGCUAUUCUUCAAAGAUGACGCAGUCGGCAAUUAAAUAUGUUAUAUCUGCCACUCUUGACUCAAUUCCAGAACCUAUUUUAGGGAAGCAAGAAAUAAAGCUGAUUCAGAACCAGCCAUUAAUAAAAUGGCUUUCGCUCAAGUGAAGUUAGCUCUGCUAACUUUUUUUCACUCAAGCAAUUUUAUUAAUGGGGUUGGGUUUUUACCUCGAGAACUUCUGCACAGCAAUAGCGGUUUAACUUUGGGGAUAGCCAGAGGAACUGCUCCUCAGUGCACUCAAGACCUUGAAUUUUUACCCCUCGACACACCCAAGGAGGUGGACCCUCAGGCGGAACACGCGCAGGAGUCGAGUCGAAUAAAGUCGUGGCGACAGCAUAGCCCGUCGAAGCCGGAACGCUAUGUUUGCACGUUCCCUGGUGAAAAAAGGGAUCGAUCCGAGGUCCACGCGCCCGACACGUGUACAAAUAUGGUGGAAGCUCUGGAAACGUCUACCCCGUAGUGGACGUUAAACGUUAUAGAUAAUUAAAUUAAGAUUAAGAUUCAGAACCAGCCAGAAAAGAUAAUAAAACUUUCAUCAGCAACAAUAUCGCAGCCAAUAAGGUGAUGCUGUUUUCAUCAGGGAAAUAUUUUUAUGAGAGCCAAUACUAAUAAAUCUGCUUAUUUGAUAGGAGAAAAGCUUGAAAUUAACUUAGAAAUAUAUUCAGAAAUACGACAUAAUAAUGUCCCCAUUUAUAGUGAAUAAUUAAUCUCUGACUUGCUGAUAUUACCCUUUUUGCUUUAGUAUCAUAAUACGCCUGUGUUAAAAAAUUAUAAUUCACUAUAUUUUGGCAUGCAUCAGUCGAAACUGUUUUAUAUAAAACUGUACUAUUCAAGAGCGAGAAAAGAGCUACUAAAAUGAUAAAAUAUAGAAUCAUCCAGCAUAGGAAUAUGGCAAAUAUAGGGCCAAAUGCAAAAAGGGAGCCUAAGAGUCUUAAGAUUUGUUUUGGAUUGGACAAAGGAUUUGUUAAACAAGAAAUAGAUGAGGCGUAUUCUACUAGGGGAAAUUUAAUUAAUUGUUCCUAUUCAAUUGUUUCUACUGUUUACUUGAACUCAAUUACUUUGCAUCCUAAUCCAAACAUUGAAAUAUUUAUUGAUAUAUUACCUAAAAUAAAACGACAAAAGCAUCCAGAGAUAAAUGAUUGGAAUCCAAUAAAGAUGCCAGGUGUUAUGCUGCAGCCAUCUGCUCCUCAAUUAGAAUAA